AUGCCAAGCUGCACCGCUUUCACCAUGCCUGGAAUGAUCUGUAAAAACCCGGACCUCGAGUUUGAUUCACUGCAACCCUGCUUCUACCCUGAUGAAGAUGACUUCUACUUUAGUGGCCCCGACUCAAGCCCCCCGGGAGAGGACAUCUGGAAGAAGUUUGAACUGUUACCCACACCUCCGCUGUCGCCCAGCCGUGCCUUCCCGGAACACAGCCCGGAGCCCCCGAAUUGGGCUACCGAGAUGCUGCUACCCGAGGCUGACCUUUGGGGGAACCCAGUCGAGGAGGAUGCAUUCGGCUUGGGGGGACUAGGCAGCCUCAACCCAAAUCCUGUCAUCCUCCAGGAUUGCAUGUGGAGCGGCUUUUCUGCCCGGGAGAAGCUAGAGCGCGCGGUGAGCGAGAAGCUACAGCACGGCCGCGGGGCGCCCGCUGCAGGGACCGCAGCCCCGGUCCCCGGAACCGGAGCCGGCACCUCUCCUAGCCGUGGGCACAGCGCGUCUGGGGCUACCGGCCGCACUGGGGCCACCCUGCCUGCCGAGCUUGCCCACCCAGCCGCCGAGUGCGUGGAUCCCACUGUGGUCUUCCCCUUUCCAGUCAACAAACGGGAUCCAGUGCCUGUACCUACCAUCUCAACCGGUGCCCCUGUGGCGGGCGCUGCGGUCCCCUCCGGGCCGAGCGCUGCAGCCCCGGUCAGCGCCCCAGCUGCUGCUCCUCGCGCAGGCAGCCGUCCGGCCAGCAGCGGCGACCACAAGGCUCUCAGCACGUCUGGAGAGGACACCCUCAGCGACUCAGAUGAUGACGACGACGAAGAGGAAGAUGAAGAAGAAGAGAUUGACGUGGUCACGGUGGAGAAGCGGCGUUCUUCCUCAAACAAGGCUGUCACCACCUUCACCAUCACCGUGCGCCCCAAGAACGCAGCCUUGGGCACAGGGAGGGCUCAAGGGGGUGAGCUGAUCCUCAAGCGAUGUGUCCCCAUCCACCAGCAACACAACUAUGCCGCCCCGUCUCCCUACGUUGAGAGUGAAGAUGCACCACCCCAGAAGAAGAUUAAAAGCGAAGUGUCCCCUCGUCCCCUCAAGAGCGUUGUUCCUCCAAAGCCUAAGAGCUUGAGCCCCCGCAACUCUGACUCGGAGGACAGUGAGCGCCGCCGCAACCACAACAUCCUGGAACGCCAGCGACGCAAUGACCUGCGGUCCAGCUUCCUCACGCUUAGGGACCAUGUGCCAGAGCUGGUGAAGAAUGAGAAGGCUGCCAAGGUGGUCAUUUUGAAAAAGGCCACAGAGUAUGUCCACUCCCUUCAGGCAGAGGAACACCAGCUUUUGCUGGAAAAGGAAAAGUUGCAAGCAAGGCGGCAGCAGUUGCUAAAGAAAAUGGACCACGCUCGGACUUGCUAA